AUGAACUGGCCACCGCAAGACAACGGGCCGGGGAUGCAAUGGGGACCGAGUCAGAUGCCUGGGGGACCGAUGAACAUGAAGGCGGGCUUUAACGGUCCACCACCGGGCUAUGGCGGACCUGUCCCUCCAGGCGUAGGGCAUCCCAGUGGUGGUGAUCCUAAUCCCUUCCCAGGGCCCCCGAUGCCUCCACAGCCCAGGACGCAUAGAGCGCCACCGACUACACCAGCGGCCGCCACCCCACAGACGUACGACAUCCGAUCGCAGAUUCUGGACAACGUGCGUGCAAACUUUCCUCUACGGAAGGAGAAGUUCGCCGACCCUUCGAUCAAGAAGGCGUUCCUCAUUACACUUGCUCGUGCGCACUUCGACCUCCACGGCGAAGGUGAUCCUUCGCCUCCCUUCACGAUGGUCACCCGGGGCUUGGAAGGGGAGCUGCCAAAGUAUACACUCGAAGAGAGCGACGAGUGCCCAACUGCGGCCGCGGCGCUCGAGUCACUUCUUCGGCGUACGGCGUUGGAAUUGGCUUUGUUCUCCCGGAAAGGGUUGUUCAAUGUAGAACGCAUUCAGGAGGAUGAUAGGCACCCAAGAGUUCUUCAAAUCCUCAGGUCGGCCAAGAAGGCCCAAGAGACAAGUGAGAAGCCAGAGGAGCCUACGAAGACUGGUCAAAAGACUCCAGGAAGCAGCGCCAAACCCACACGGAAGGCAUCAGUGAGGUCUGAACCUGAAGAACGACAGGUGUAA